GAGAAGCAGCAUUAAACCAUCAGAGCUCUGAGAUGAAACACACUUUGCUCUGCUUCAUCUUCCUCACAGCACUUCAGGAUGGAAACACUGGUUUGGUCAAAGCACAAACUCUCCCUCACAGAGCAGAGGAAGGAGGAAACAUCGCAGUUGCGUGCAACUUUUAUUUCUCUGGAAGCAGGAAACUCUUCUGUAAGGAAAAAUGUGAAGAUGGAAACAUUCUUGUUGAAACAUCUGAUGAUGCAGCUCAGAACGGCAGAUACAGCAUUAAAUGUGUAAAAACAUCUACUCUGUCAUAUACUCUGUAUGUGAGCAUCACACAGCUGAAACAGUCUGACUCAGGACGGUACAGGUGCUCUUUGGACAAACACUGGUGGACAGUUGGAAACGAUGAUUUUGAGCUGAUUGUCACAGAAGCUUCAACCACUUCAACACCAAACGGGACUCUGAGACCUUUUUCAGCUUCAGUGUUUCUCUCAUCAGCCUCCACACCACCAACAGCACAGAGUUUAAGCUCAACUUCAGGAAGCUCCACACCUUCAUCAGCCUCCACGCCACAAAAAAUGGAAACAACACAGAGUUUAAGCUCCACAUCUUCAUCAGCCUUCACUGAAACCAAACAUGCAAGAUCAGAUGUGCUGAUUUAUGUGGGUCUGAUUCUGCUCAUUAUGAUCGUCGUCUUAUCAGCAGCUCUGCUGAUUUGCUGCAUGAAGAGGAGGACCACUAAACCCAGAGGACCUCCUGUGGAAACAGAGUAUGCUGACACGCAGGCCGACAGGUUGUAUGAAGAUAUUGGAAAGUGUGACAUACCGAGCAGGUCACCUCCUGUAGAAGUGUCUUCAGUUUAUGCCACCGCCAAAGACCCCAGUUCAGAUGGAGUUGAAAAUAUAGACCUCUACAGCCUCGUCACCUCUCCUCAGAACAACGCAGAUAACCUCUGCUACGCUGAAGUGCAUCUUCCCCACAUUCCUGCCACCAACAGCGCCCCCUGUGGUGAAGCAACUGAUGUUGUCUACUCAAUGCCUCAGGUGGACCUGAGUACUGCCAUCCACACCAAAGAUGCUUCACCUCCUGUGUACUCUGUUUCCUCACUAUGAAUAUAUUAGUACUAUUUUUAAACCUGUCCUGUCCAGCAGCUGUAACAAGCGUAAUGGUCUGAAUGCUUUGUUGUGCCAAACAUAUUUGCUUUCCCAAGAGGGGCACUGUAGACCCUCUGUAGGCUCCUCUUUU